GAAUUUUCCUAGCUUCUUGGACUAUCUUGCCACACCUUGAAACCAGGUAAUUUAUCUUCUCAAGUUCCCCUUAAGAGACUUCUAAAAACCUGGACAAGCAGAUAUCCAGAUGCUAAGAUGGACCCAAUGAACAUCUGGGAUGACAUAAUCACAAAUCGAUGUUUCUUUCUCAGCAAAAUAGAGGAGAAACUUACUCUUCCAGAUGAUCACAGUAUGGACAUAGAUGGGGAUGCAGAUUCCUGUGACAGGAUGGAAGGGCGGGAGCAGGAAGAAGACAUUUGCUCUCUGGUCAAGAGCUGUAAGUUUUCCAUGAAAAUGAAGAUGAUAGAGAGCGCAAGGAAGCAGAACAAUUUCUCACUUGCCUUGAAACUAUUGAAGGACCUGCAUAAAGAAUCAAAAACAAGAGAUGAGUGGCUGGUGAGAUGGGUGCAUAGCUACUGUCGGCUCAGACACAGCCAGAGCCAGACCCAGAAUCGUCCGGAGCAGAUUCUUUCCGUGUUGAAAACAGUCUCUUUGUUGGGUGAGAACACAUCAAGCUACUUAAGCAAAAAUAUUUUGGCUUUCCGUGACCAUAAUGUUCUCUUGGGUACAACUUACCGGAUCAUAGCUAAUGCUCUCAGCAGUGAGCCAAGCUGCCUUGCUGAAAUUGAGGAAAGCAAGGCUAGAAGAAUCUUGGAACUUUCUGGAUCCACUUCAGAGAAUGUAGAAAAGGUGGUCACAGCGCUGCACCAGAGAGCAUUUCAUCACCUUUCCGAGGCCACGAGGACAGCUGAGGAGGAAGCCCCUUCCGGCCAGUGCCCGCAGCCCACAGCUGGGGUGGUAGAUGCUUAUAUGGCACUGGUGGAUUUCUGUGACCAACGGCUCCGGGAGGAGGAAGAGACUGCAUCAGUUACUGAGUCCGUAGAACUGCAGACAUAUCCUGCCCUUGUGGUGGACAGAAUGUUGAAAGCUUUAAAAUUACACUCCAGUGAAGCCAGGCUGAAGUUUCCCAGGCUGCUGCAGAUUAUAGAGCAGUACCCAGAGGAGACCCUGAGCCUAAUGACAAAAGAGAUUUCUUCCAUCCCUUGCUGGCAGUUCAUUGGCUGGAUCAGCCACAUGCUGGCCUUACUGGACAAGGAGGAGGCCGUGGCCAUCCAGCACACGGUGGAAGAGAUCGCUGACAACUACCCCCAGGCCAUCGUCUACCCAUUCAUAAUAAGCAGUGAAAGCUAUUCCUUCAAAGAUACUUCUGCUGGUCAUAAGAAUAAGGAGUUUGUGGCAAGGAUUAAAAUUAAGUUGGAUCAAGGAGGAGUGGUUCAAGAUUUUAUUAAUGCCCUAGAACAACUCUCUAAUCCAGAAAUGAUCUUUAAGGACUGGACUGAGGAUAUCAAAGUUGAAUUAACAAAAAACCCCGUAAAUAAAAAAGCCAUUGAAAAGAUGUAUGAAAGAAUGUAUGCAGCCUUGGGAGACUCAAAGGCUCCAGGCCUUGGGGCUUUUAGAAGGAAGUUUAUUCAGGCUUUUGGAAAAGAAUUUGAUAAACACUUUGGGAGACAAGGUUCUAAGCUACCUGGAAUGAAGCCUCAUGACUUCAAUGACAUUACCAACACACUGCUUUCAAAAAUGCGCGAAGACUCAAAGCCACCUGGGAACCUGAAAGAAUGCUCACCCUGGAUGAGUGACUUCAGAGUGGAAUUCCUAAGAAACGAGCUGGAGAUUCCUGGUCAGUAUGAUGGCAAAGGAAAGCCAAUGCCAGAAUACCACGCACGAAUCGCGGGGUUUGAUGAGCGGGUGAAAACAAUGGCUUCUAUCAGAAAACCGAAGCGCAUCAUCAUCCGAGGCCAUGAUGAGCGAGACUACCCUUUCCUGGUGAAAGGGGGCGAAGAUCUGCGGCAGGACCAGCGCGUCGAGCAGCUCUUUGAGGUCAUGAACGUCAUCCUCUCCCGAGACGCCGCCUGCAGUCAGAGAAACAUGCAGUUACAGACGUACCACGUCAUCCCCAUGACCUCCAGAUUAGGAUUAAUUGAAUGGAUUGAAAAUACAUUUACCUUAAAGGAACUUCUUUUGAGUAACAUGUCACAAGAGGAGAAAGCAGCUUAUACAAGUGAUCCCCGAGCCCCACCAUUUGAUUAUAGAGACUGGCUGGCAAAGACGUCGGGAAAGCAAGGCCCUGGCGCUUAUAUGCUGAUGUAUAAGAGAGCUAGUCGUACUGAAACAGUCACAUCUUUCAGAAAAAGAGAAAGUAAAGUACCAGCUGCUCUCUUGAAGCGCGCCUUUCUGAAGAUGAGCGCCGGCCCGGAGGCCUUCCUGGCGCUCCGCUCCCACUUUGCCAGCUCUCAUGCUCUGAUGUGCAUCAGCCACUGGAUUCUGGGCAUCGGAGACAGACAUCUGAACAAUUUCAUGGUGAACAUGGAGACGGGUGGCAUGAUCGGAAUUGACUUCGGACAUGCCUUUGGAUCAGCUACGCAGUUUCUGCCAGUCCCUGAGCUGAUGCCUUUUCGUCUAACUCGCCAAUUUAUCAAUCUGAUGUUACCAAUGAAAGAAACAGGAGUUAUGUACAGUGUCAUGGUGCACGCACUGAGAGCCUUCCGCUCACACCCCGACCUGCUCACGACCACCAUGGACGUGUUUGUAAAGGAACCUUCCUUCGACUGGAAAAAUUUUGAACAGAAAAUGCUGAAAAAAGGAGGAUCGUGGAUUCGAGAAAUAAAUGUAACAGAAAAAAAUUGGUAUCCCCGGCAGAAAAUAUAUUAUGCUAAGAGAAAGUUAACAGGUGCCAAUCCAGCAGUUAUUACUUGUGAUGAGUUGCUUCUGGGCCAUGAGAAGGUACCUGCCUUUGAUGACUUUGUUGCUGUCGCACGAGGAAACAAGGAUCACAACGUUCGUGCCCAAGAACCAGAGAGUGGACUUUCGGAAGAGGCUCAAGUGAAGUGCUUGAUUGACCAGGCAACAGACCCCAACAUCCUUGGCAGAACUUGGGAAGGGUGGGAGCCCUGGAUGUGAGGGCUCGGGGAGUCAGCAGGUAAAAAAUGUGAAAGCGUUUAAGCCUGAAAUGAGCCCAUUUUCCUGAAGCACUAAAGAGAAGAAAAGAUCAUGAUGAAUAAGUGAAUAUUGAAAUGAAUGAAUGAUUGGGUUAAGGUUAUCAUAGACGUUUAAUAAAAAAAUGUAUAUCCAGGCUCAUACACGUAUAAAGAUUAUAGCACAUUACAAGUGCUGUGACUUAGACAAAGCAGCUAUCUUAAUAAAUGGUAUAGUGUGAAAUUCCA